UUUUCAUAUUCAACCUUCCAAAUAUAUAUAGAAUUCGCUCAAACUUUAUAAAAAUGUUACCGAGAGUGUCAUAUGACAAUCGAUUCUGCCCGACGAACCGAACAUAUGUGAUAAGUCUUAUGCUACCAUACAAAACUUCGGCAUUUUAUUUAAAUUAGGCUUCUGGUUCCGGUACUACAUGAUGAUAUGUGUGUUGAAAUUAAAAUUAUGUCACUCGUUUUGCUCUUAGAUGUCUGAAACGACUUCCUCCUUCUAAGGUUCAAAUGAAAGUCCUAGGAUCCCAUAGAAACUUCUGUUUAUUUAAAUUCAACUUCCGGUUCAUGAGAUACAUGAUUAGUGAUUAGUAGUGAAAGGUUUGCAUAUUUUACUAGUCUACGACCAAAAAAAUUCAUUUCAAUUUUAUCGGAAUUCGGUAAAAAUCAUCACAAAAAUGAUGCAAUGAAUGCACUGAUUUUCAAAAAUAUCGAAACAAAUGAAAUGGACCAGGCGCAUAUACGGAGGGUGUCGGUAAGGAAUUCAGACCUCUCCCGAAACUUAAAAAAAUGAUUAAUAAAAACUCUUCUCUAUAAUCGUGGAAAACUGUAAAACGGCUGUCUCAGUCUUACAAUACAAACAAAUGUUGUUUACUAUCCGACGUUUCGGCCUUUGAUGCAGGCCUUUUUCAAGGAAAACUGGAAAAUUUAUUGUGUUACAUUGACAAAAACAUAGAGCGUUGAACAAAUAAUACAAUGUAAAAACUUACUAAAGUCUAUCGUUUAUAGUCAAAAUAUGUCGAUGUCUGACGCUACGUUGUCUGGUCAAUUUUAGAACAUGCUUUAAGAUACUACGAGAAAAUGGUCAUUUGCAUAAAUACUGAAUCAAAAAUUAUUUAAAACAAUUCUUACAAUUGACUGCAUAACAAAUAUUUUGUUUGCAUAAAUCACGUACAGUAUCACAACUACUUAGUUUAACGACUAUUCUGAAGCUUUCAUCAUGGUGAUCAAAAACAAUAAGCUUAUCAACGUUAUUAAGUAACGUUAUCGUUGAAAAGCUCAGCAAAGUGUUGUGUAGAGUACGGUAGUAUUGGUGUUAAUCGGAGAGUUGUCAUUUCUUAUCGUAUUUGAUGGAUUUGAUAGAAUGUAGAAUACCAGCGUAAGUGGUGUUGAGGCCUUGUACAUCGGUGCGAUGAUUAACUGUUUUGGUAGUAUUGGAAAUAUGACACAUUUCCAACAGAGGCAAAGCUGUAGAUCGCAAAGAUCGAUCUAUGAUCUUUGUUUUCUCCAAUGCAAAAUUGUGUCCUUCAUUGAUGGUGUGAUGAAUGAGUGCUGUUUUCUCUUUUAGCCUUGAUAUUUCUUCAUCUGCAUGUAGUGGUGGAUUUUCAGUUAAUUUUAAAAAUUGAUUAAUGUUGGAUCGAUGACCACUGAGUCUGGUUUUCAGUUGAUUGGUCGUCAUUCCAAUGUAUGCAUUUUCACAGUCAUUACAGGGAAUGCUAUAGAUGACGUUGGAUUGUUUAAAUGGAUCAACAGGAUCACACAUUGUGAAUACAAUGAAAUGCAUUUACCCAUUACUCGAAGAACAUAGCCCAUAUACUCAUAAACUACAAAAACUGGUUGAACGUUUUAAAAAAGGACUUCUGAACAUAGAAGCAGUACAGCAUACGUACUACAAACUAAAGCAACUGAAACUCAAUCUCCAGGUGUGUCAACAACAAAUGCAGAACGUUACUACAACAGAGCUCACUUCCAAAUUCAUAAUCACCCAAAACCAGUCAUUCGAUAAAAAAAAAGACGUACACAGAAAAGGAAAGCCGAUUCCAAAAAAUCCAAAUCCAAAAUUUCAUAACAAGAACCAGAACAACUCGAGAUAAUAAUCCUCUAUACAAUUUUUGUCAAACGGCAUCAAUAACAACUAAAAGAUUUCUCAGAGACAACCAAGAUGUAUGUAUCCUAGAAUCAGACAAAGGUAAAAAUAUGGUCAUUAUGUAUCAACAUGAUUACGAAUGUAAGAUGUCUCACUUACUGGACAGUACAACAUACAAAAUUCUCCCUAGGGAUCCAACAUCGACCAUCCAACGAAAGAAUAACGACAUUAUCUCUCGCAUGUACAACUUAAAGCUCAUAGAUCAAACAACGUUACGAAAAUUAAAAACCAGUACUGCACUUUGUCCUUCCAUCUACGGCCAACCCAAGGCACACAAACCCAAUCUGCCUCUACGUCCUGUUGUUCCUAACAUAACCGCCCCAACAUACAACUUAGCGAAGUACAUAGCAGUGAUUUUGAAACAGAGCUUCAACAGUAGGAGAAAGUCUUAUAAAGCGCCCCUGCUAGUCAAAAUGCCCCCUUUCCUUUCUUAACCAUUGAAGACUUUUCUGAACCAAAGUUUUAUCACUAACACUAUCUUUUCGUAGGAUCUUUCUGCUAUGCAAGUUUGGUGGUUGUCGUUUGCAGGAAAGUAUGAAAAAACUAAAAAUUUCAUUUGGCAGCUUUUCGAUGUAAAGUUUUGCUUCGACUAAAUAGAUGUUUUAUCCGCCAUUUCUUUGACAUACUGAUUAUCUCAAAACAGUAACUUUAUGGACAUUUCAAGAAGCAUAAUGCAUCAUUGUUGUGGGAUAAAAUGUAUUUUGUUGUGUGCCAUGCCAAUGAUUUGUUGUGAGACAUAUUUUACGGCUGCUGGGGCGUUAUGUCUGAGGCGAGCGAAAAAAACUAAGAAUGUGGCCGUUUUGGAAAAUGUGUUUAUAUCAAUCAAUUCUCAUCUUUUCUUUUGGAGUCUUUGAAAACUAUGUUCCUCAUCCGUAUUGCAACGAAAUACUUACAUUCUCGAGGAAAAUAUAUCAAUACACUUGGAAAUAUCUCAAUGUUUUCUUAAGGGGGGCAUAUUAUAACACUUUACCCUAAAUAUAACAUUGCCGAUAGUUUUGAUUUUUCGAAGUAUAUAAACAUGAUAACAAUACCAAAAGACUAUAUUUUGGUUUCGUUCGACGUAGUAUCGCUUUUCACGAACAUUCCAAAGAACUUAUACCGUUUUCGUUUUUGAACCUAGACGCGGGCUACCUUGACUCCGAGUAAAACGAACACGUGGUACGCGCCCUAAAUAACAACUCAUGAAAAAAAGAAAAAAUAAACAAACUCGGCUGGAUGCGUGGUGCGACCCGAGAAAAUUUUCAGAGCGAAACUACGCGAUUGGAGUCCGAUCUAGAGCGACCUCAGGUUGCUAAAACAAAUAUAUCAAACGUUGUUUGGGCGACUCUGGGUCAGCUUUCGGGCUGCUCUGAUCAAUAAACGAAAACGGUAUUAGUCAUUAACAACAUAAUCAUGAACUGGCCUAGCAUCAAAACAGCAACAAAUAUUAACUUGGAUUUGUUCUUAGAGAUGGUUGAAUUCUGUCUUAACAACAGUUAUUUCCGCUUCCGAGACAAAUUUUAUCUACAAACGUUUGGAACCUCCAUGGGUAGUCCGCUAUCACCAAUAUUAGCUGACAUUGUCAUGGAAACCCUCAUCGAAACAGUGAUUAAAAAUGUACCGUUUAAAAUACCGGUGCUCCGCAAAUAUGUUGACGAUUUAAUUCUAUCGUUAACUCACGAUCAAGUCCAAUACACAUUACAAAAAUUCAGCAGCUAUAAUAAAAACAUCCAAUUUACCGUAGAAGUAGAAUCAGAACAAAAACUAUCCUUUCAGGACACUUUACUAAUACGAAAUGAAGAUCAAACCAUAAGCACACAAUGCUAUUCAAAACCUAUUGCAUCUGGAAGAUUGUUAAACUAUCAUCCUCGUUUCAUCCAAUGACAAUGAAAAUCAAUGUAGCCUUAAAUCUCAUAAAACGAAUUACCGCUACAAACAAAUCAGCAGAUCAACAAAAACAUAUCAUGUAUCAACAUCUGAAGCAUAAUGAUUAUCCAUCAUCACUCAUAAACAGGCUUAUCAACAAUUUUCACACAAAGCAGCCUCACAAUAACACACAACCAUCAAAUUCAGUUGCUAAAGAAAAGACCGAUAUAACCCAGGAGACAGAAACUGAAAUCACCGAUAAAACCACUAUGCCAACCAACGAUAUGCAACAACAAAUUCAAUAUAGAUCCAUACCAUUCAUACCCAUUCUCAGCAAACAAAUUACAAAAGCACUAAAACCGGACUUCCCAACAAUGAAACUGAGCCAUAGACCGAUUAAAACAACACGAUCUCUACUCCGACCGAUUAAAGAUCAUGUUGAUCCAUUUAAACAAUCCAACGUCAUCUAUAGCAUUCCCUGUAAUGACUGUGAAAAUGCAUACAUUGGAAUGACAACCAAUCAACUGAAAACCAGACUCAGUGGUCAUCGAUCCAACAUUAAUCAAUUUUCAAAUUUAACUGAAAAUCCACCACCACACGCAGAUGAAGAAAUAUCAAGGCUAAAAGAGAAAACAGCACUUAUUCAUCACACCAUCAAUGAAGGACACAAUUUUCCAUUGGAGAAAACAAAGAUCAUAGAUCGAUCUUUGCGAUCUACAGCUUUGCCUCUGUUGGAAAUGUGUCAUAUUUCCAAUACUACCAAAACAGUUAAUCAUCGCACCGAUGUACAGGGCCUCAACACCACUUACGCUGGUAUUCUACAUUCUAUCAAAUCCAUCAAAUACGAUAAGAAAUGAUAACUCUCCGAUUAACACCAAUACUACCGUACUCUACACAACACUUUGCUGAGCUUUUCAACGAUAACUUUACUUAAUAACGUUGAUAAGCUUAUUGUUUUUGAUCACCAUGAUGAAAGCUUCAGAAUAGUCGUUAAACUAAGUAGUUGUGAUACUGUACGUGAUUUAUGCAAACAAAAUAUUUGUUAUGCAGUCAAUUGUAACAAUUGUUUUAAAUAAUUUUUGAUUCAGUAUUUAUGUAAACGACCAUUUUCUCGUAGUAUCUUAAAUCAUGUUUUAAAAUUGACCAGACAACGUAGCGUCAGACAUCGACAUAUUUUGACUAUAAACGAUAGACUUUAGUAAGUUUUUACAUUGUAUUAUUUGUUCAACGCUCUAUGCUUUUGUCAAUGUAACACAAUAAAUUUUCCAGUUUUCCUUGAAAAAGGCCUGCAUCAAAGGCCGAAACGUCGGACAGUAAACAACAUUUUUUUUUUAUUCAAUAAUAUAAUUAUUUUUAAGGCACACUGCUUUAGCUCUAAGGUGCCAAGGACUUUUUCUAAUUUUAUUAACGACUAACUUAAAACUAGGAUAGUAUGAUUGGAUAAUGUUGUAUUGGGGUCGCAGUGGUCGACUUUGGCAGAUCCAACCUUCAGCUGGCGAUCGGCACCGGCCGGUGGGUGGAAUAUAUCAUGAGUCUUCCAGAUGACGUUGGCCGCAUCCCUCGGUCUGUGUGGGUCCGCGGGAAACACCCCCAGGCUACGAAUACCCGGCGGGUGGCCCGCAUGACUAGAGCGACCUUCCGUGGGCGAUGAUGGUGAUGUAAAUAUAACGAAAAAAUAUAGAGAAGUAAAUAUUGCGGAAAACGAAGUAAAAUGGGGAUAUGGGAACGAAAUGACUAAGAACGACAGAGAUCUAAUUAGUUGACAUCGAGAUGGAGAAGAGACGGGGAGGGGGGAAGCGAAGGUUAGUGACAGCAAAAAGAUCUUGUUAGUUCCGAUGAAGAUGGUGGACAGAUGAGGAAUCGGGAUAAUCGGCGGAAGUUAGUGUCGAACCUGCAGUUGAGAAAUAAUUCUUAGCCACAGUUGAAACAACGUCGAUAAAUAGGAGGAACUUUCUAAGCCAGAUGUAACAGAUUACACUUGUAUAUUAAUGUGUUUGAGGAACUGGUAUAUCAGAAGCAUAUAUGAACUAUCCCGACUCGCCAACACAUCCCGAACCGGAACCUCAGUCGGUCUACCUCGGGCCCUGAGGGAUUCCAAUAGCUCCGAUCUGGCGUCGCGAUACUCUACGCACGACCACACGACAUGCUCGAUGUCCUGAUAACCGUCGCCACAGGUGCAG